AUUUUCAACGAGCCGCCAUGUUAGAAAGCCAACCCCUUCUUUCAUUCGGUCAGGAAGAGACUGCAUAUACUUUAAAGAAAGAAGCGGCAGUUUAGAGGUUGAAUCUGACCCAACACACAUUUACAGACGGCAUAUUUGUUUUGCCAGGGUUCUUUAACGCUCACAGUGACUUAGCCGCUCUCCACAAUGGCGACUGCAACUCCCACCGCCCACAGAGGCACGUGCGGCGGCAGCGCCACACCGCUAAGUCCGACCAGAAUAACCAGGCUGCAGGAAAAACAACAGCUCAGAGACCUCAACGACCGCCUUGCUGUUUACAUCGAUAAAGUGCGUAGCUUAGAGUCUGAGAAUGACGUACUUCACCUCCAGAUUAGCGAAAAAGAGGAAACUAGGAGUCGGGAACUCGGUGGACUGAAAGCACUGUAUGAGACGGAGCUAGCCGACGCCAGGAGGAGUUUGGAUGACUCUUCCAAGGAGCGGGCCUGGCUGCAGAUUGAGUUGGGAAAGGUCAAAUACGAUCAUGAGCAUCUUCAACAGAACUACACCAAAAAGGACACAGAGGCUGCAGCAGCCCUGGCCAGACUGAAGGAUUUGGAGGCUCAGCUCAAUGGCAAAGACGCAAUGCUGGCUACUACACUGUCUGAGAAAAGGGGGCUGGAAAAUACUCUAUCUGAGAUGCAGGAACAACUGCAGGAGAUGGGAACAGGUCUUUCUCAGGCCAAGAAGGAGCUUUCUGAUGAGAUGCUUAUGCGUAUUGACUUGGAAAACCGUUGCCAGAGUCUGGCAGAAGAGAUGGACUUCCGAAAGAGUAUGCAUGAAGAGGAAGUGAAGGAGGCUCGACACAGGUAUGAAACCCGACUGGUGGAGGUAGACUCUGGUCGGAAGGAAGAAUAUGAAUUUAAACUGACUCAGGCCCUGGCUGACAUGAGAGCACAGAAUGAAGAGCAGAUCCAGAUCUACAAGGACAACAUGGAGAGCACCUACAAGGCUAAACUUGAAGACUUGCAUCAUCUGUCAGAGAUGAAUGGAGCGUCAGCUAUCAUGGCCCGAGAGGAGCUCAGAGAAUCUGCCCUGAGGAUCGAGAGCUUAAGUGCUCAACUGACAGGACUACAAAAAGAGACGCGUGGCUCGAGGGAUCGUAUAGCAGAACUUGAGGCAGCUUUAGCACAGGAGAGAGACACAAGCCGUAAACUACUGGGAGACAAAGACCAUGAAAUGGCAGAAAUCCAAGCCAAAAUGCAGCAGCAGCUGAAUGACUAUGAACAACUGCUGGAUGUGAAACUGGCCCUGGACAUGGAGAUAAAUGCCUACCGGAAGCUUCUGGAGGGAGAGGAGGAAAGGUUGAAGCUGUCUCCCAGUCCUUCAUCCCGUGUGACAGUGUCUCGAGCAUCAUCCAGCAGUCGCAGUGUGCGGACCACUCAAGGAAAGAGGAAGCGCAUUGAUGUGGAGGAACAGGAAGCCAGCAGUUCGGUCUCCAUUGCUCACUCUGCUUCUGCUACAGGACCCAUUUGCAUUGAUGAGAUUGACACUGACGGCAAGUUUGUGUGCCUCCUCAACAAUGGAGAUGAGGACCAGGCCAUGGUGGGUUAUGAGAUGGUCAAGAAUGUUGGAAAUGUUGCAUCUACUUACAAGUUCACACCCAAAUAUGUCCUGAAGGCUGGGCAUAAAGUCACGAUCUGGGCGUCUGAUGCUGGCGUGAGCUCCAGACCUCCCUCUGACUUAGUGUGGAAGAACCAACCUUCCUGGGGGUCAGGAGAAGAUGUUAGCAUGGUGCUGAUGAACCCUCAAGGAGAGGAAGUGGCAAAGAGAAUCACCAAAUACAAGAUAGCAGAAGAAGAUGAUCAGGGAGAUGAAGAUGAUUAUGGUAUAGAAGCCAUUGAGAAAGACCUCCAACAGCAGAAAGAUGCUCACGCUGCCAAAAGAGGAUGCUCCAUCAUGUGAUCUUGGUCACAGACCAGUCACCUCUGAGCCCAGCCAGUCAUCUGCCAAUUUUGAUAGUGAUAUUUUUCCAUAUUUUGUAGUGUUUCAGCAGGGUGUUUUUUGUUUUUGUUAUAAAAAAGACUUUUUGUAAAUGUUUUUGUUUGAAAACCAAAGCAUUGUGUUAAACUGUAGUUCAAAAUCUUGAGACCAAAUAGCUUAACUCAAGAUGUCACAAUGAGAAUGUUUGGGGGUUUUUUUGUUACUGUUUUUCUAACAUAUUUUCUGUCGUUUUUAAGAUAUUCUUAAAUUGUAGGGUUUUAAAGAUGAAAAGCAACAAGAAGUGAUUGGGUGGUAUAGAGCUACUGUAAUUUUUCAUUUGCUAAAGUUCUACAUCUGACUACCUUACACAGUCUCAGUCCUGUGAUAGUAGUGACUUUGUUUCAGCCGAACUUUUGUUUAGAUACCCAAAUUCUCUCCCAUGCCAUUUCUCUGUGCUCAGUAGUUUGAAGGUGUAAGUUUGAAGUUUAACAUGACUCUGGUUUUCUAUGGUAUGAUGUUUUAUUAAGAAAUCUGACAGACGCUACCAAAGUGGCAAGUGCAGAUUUUCAACAGUGUCUUUUUUUAUGAGAAAUGUUAAUAUUCACACACUCCCUAAUGUGAUAUGCAGCACCUAGUCUGUUUUUUUGCUUACACUGCAACAUCUGCAGUAUUGAUUGUAUUAACUUUUGAUAUCUGACGAGCUUAAAGUACUGCUUUUAUUAUGAUGCAUGCUUUAGCAGUCUUUAAUCAUUGUUGAAUUUAAAUAUCUGUAUUUGGUUUUAUUUAAGGCCAUUAAAAUCGUGCUCUGUAGAAGUAGAUUGAGAAAAGACUAACUCCCGUAGACAUCGGUAGAGUCCAAAUGGCCAGAAAAAAGUAAAACUAUAUUUGCUACCAUUUGUUCUUGUCAGUUAACAAAUUAAUGUGAAGUUCUAGUCUUUACUUUUUGUACUCCAUUGAAUUUUAUUUUAGCUACAUAGUGAUAUUUUUAACAUUGCAAAACUUUCCCAUCCAGUGUAUGUAUAAUUGCAUGCUUAUGAUUUUUUUCCAUUGUCGAUUAAAAAGUGAAAUUAAAGGAAA